AUAAAAGCUCACCAACACGCCAAAAUUUGACUAACAAGGAAGGACUUAAAAGUUUUGAUAGGUUGAUGCACCUGCAGCUUUCUGCACAGCCUUUAAACACAUUGCAUGUCUUUAUAAAAUGGACUUAAAAUGCAUAAGAAAUCCCAAUGCAAAUGUGAUACCUGCUCUGUGUUUGAUUAUUGAAUUAAUUGUAUUGUUUGCAUUACUUAAAAGUACGAUAUGUAACCUGAACCAAACACGCCAAAAUAAAACGAUGCACAUCUUCUAAAGCGGACCUGCAGGUCGAGGAGGACAUGGACGCCUCGGAGACGGUGCAGUUGUAUGAGGAUGUGAACACGGAGGUGGUGGAAAGCUGUUACACUCUGCAGGAAGUUGCAUCCCCUAAAAAGAGAAAAAGUAAAGCACAGGAAGACAUUCAUGAUAAACCCAAGAAGCCAAGGUCUGCCUACCUGCUCUACUACUUUGACUUCCACCAGGUGAUCCAGCUGGAGAGCCCCAACCUGCCCCAGUCGGAGAUUAACAAGCGCAUCAGCGAGAGCUGGAAGAGGCUGAAUGUGGCGGAGAAGGGCUACUACCUGGAGAAGGCCAAGCUGGAGAGAGACGGCGUGGACACAUCCUCGGUCACCUCCACCCAGGACCUCUCUGGAUUCCGCAAGAUCCUCCCCAGGGCCAACUACGUCCUCAUGUCCAAAGAAUCCCCCUCUGGUCCCCAGGCAGUGGGGGGGUCCCUCCCCCCAGAACCUGCCCCCCUGGAGUCUCUGGAGCCCCCGGUCCCCGAGGGGACGUCCUCCGUACCCCUUCCCCCAGACCCCCAGUACCCCGCCCUGGCCCUGGACAGCGAGCAGUGCAUCGCCAUCGGGGCGCUGGCGGAGGAGGCGGCCUCCAUGACUGAAACCACCGCGGCCCUCCAGGGGAUCCUCCCCCCGUCCGCCUCCUGCCCGGCCCCGGAGCCCCUGGAGUCCCGGGCCGCCCCCUCCCCGUGUCCGGACAGCUGUGGGGUGCUGCUGGACGCAGGCGCCCCCACCAACCCCGCCGUCAGCGUCUAUAGCGUCGUGAACUCCAAACCGGGGGAUUCUGUGGGCGGGGCUGAGAUGCAGCCGAUGAGGCAGGACAUAGCGCAGGUGGUCUCCAUCUUACCUGCCCAGAACCGGGUGGAGCCCAAGUCUGCGGCCGCUGUCAACUCCGUCAGCCACGUGAUGAUGGUGUCCGUGGGCGCCGGGCUCAACCCUAACACAAAGCCUUCGUAUAAAAUGGCGGUGAAGACCUAUACCAGGAGGGGGCGUGGCCGGUGCCUGGCGCCUGGCUGUGCCUUCGUCUACGUGACCCGCCACAAACCGCCCUUCUGCCCAGAGUGUGGCAACCAUCUAGGGGGCAAAUGGGUACCUGCUGCUAAGAAAACCGCGAAGCAAUCGAAGCAAUUCAACCAGAAAGCUGAGAUCAGCUCUAGUGACGGCUGUCAACCCACGCUGUCUGCUGACGAGGGGCACUCGACCAGCGGCCCUGAGGACACGAAGCACGGCCGGACCGAAGGCCAGAGGAAGCAGGGCCUCAGCCAGCAGCCUGCGGCCGUGAAGGGAGAACCACUAGAGGGCAGCAGCACCAAAGCACCUCCGCGAGCACGACAAUUGAAACCAACUGCCAAAGGCAUUACGGUCAAAGGUCACGAUAAAAGUCACAUGACCAUAAAGAAGAGACCAGUCAGGCCCAUCCUGCCAGCCUACUGCACCAGUGUUAUUCCGUCUGUAGGCCGCGCUGUGCUCCAGUUCAUAACAGUUCCUCCGGACAAGGGAAGAGUCACCUGCAACAACCCCAAAUCUGUCCCCACAGUCCCCGGUCAGAGCAUGUCCGGUCUCAAACCCAGUACCCUGAAGCAGCUUGGCCACAUCGUCCCGGCAACAGCUUCUGGAGCCCCGGUGCAGAGCCCCGCCGCGCCCCGCCCAGGGAGCCAGUACGUCGCCUCGCUGGACUCCAACAUCCUGUCGGUCGUGCCCUUCAAGCAGAACUCCGUCUCCAGCUUCGACCUGGGUCUGUCGACGGCGCGGGGGCGCGGCCGCUGUAAGAACCCCGCCUGCGACUACGUGUACAAGAACCGGCACAAGCCGGCCGACUGCCCCACGUGUGGGUGGGAGCUGACCCGCAAGAGCAACAAGGGGGCCAAGGCCGCCCCGCUGCUGGACCCCUACCGGCCCCUCAGCCCCGCCCAGAGGGAGCUCCAGCGCCGCUCCACUCUGCUGCUGCUCCGCCGCGCCCUGCAGAUCCCCGAGGGCGAGGCGGAGCUCCAGGACGUGCUGGCCCUCAUCCAGGACCUCAACGGGGCCACGGUGGAGCUGCCCCCGUCGGGGCAGCAGGGCGGGGGCCGGGGCGACCCGGGGGAGGGGGCCGUCCCGCCGCGAUCCGGCUGGCCGCGCUACUUCGAGUCGGCCGCCGCCCACUGCGGUCUCUGUCAGUACCCGCUCUUCAAGGGGGGCCAGAGCACCGUGGCAGGACAGGAGGACUGCUGGCUGCUCACCGGGACGUUGAUCCAGACGGCGUCUCUGCAGCUGAAAGUCUGUCUGAACACGCAGUGUCUGGCGCUGCACAGCUUCACGGACAUCCACCAAGGUUUGUUCAACAUCGGCAACACGCUGCUGGUGAGUCUGGAUCUGUUCCUGAAGAUGAGGGAUGAGAUCCACCUGGGUCAGCACCCGUCAGACGCUGCUGCCACCGUCCUGGACCACAUCCACCGUCACCCUGUCCACGCCCUGGUCCCGGAGGAGGCGUCCCGGGUGCAGGCCCUGCUGCUGAGUGGCUACUGGGCCUUCGAGAGCCUGACGGUCCGGGACUACAACGACAUGAUCUGCGGGGUGUGUGGCGUGGCCCCCAAGGUGGAGGUGGCCCAGCGCUUCCCCCACAACGUCCUGGAGCUCCACAACGUGCAGUUCACGUGGCCGGAGACCCCCAGUCCGGACGAGGUCCACGUGGACGACUUCUGGCUGACCAUGGAGAGCGAGGCCAUCGAGCAGGCGGCCUUCCCCUCGGACAUCCCCGUCACGCAGGUGGACGCCUCCAUCGUGGCCCCCUUCAUCCCUCCGCUGAUGCGGAGCCCGGCCGUCAUCAACACGGAGAAGGACAAGGUCCCCUCCGACACGGCGCCCCCCGCAGGGGGCGCGGCGAGGCUGGUUCGGCUGAUCCACGAGGGCCAGCUGAGGCUGGACGCGCUGGAGGAUCACCCGGAGGAGGAGCUCCAGGCCAUGCUGCGCUGCUGCGGAGAGAGCCCCCCCGCCCAGGCCACCAGGGAGGACCUGCUUGGCUCCCUGCUCUCCCUGUACGCUCACGUCCAGAACGGCCUCUCCACGGCCGCCCAGCCGCCCCCCCACCUCACCGCGGGGAAGCUGUCCAAGGUGUGCCCCCACAAGGUGGUGUGCGGCUCCAAGUACCUGGUGCGGGGCGAGACGGCCCGGGACCACGUGGACCUGCUGGUGUCGUCCCGCUACUGGCCGCCGGUCUACGUGACGGACUCGGCGCGGGCCGUGGCGCUCUGCACCGACCUGCGCUACCCCGAGCUGGGGGGCCCGAUGUGGGGCCGCAACCAGGGCUGCUUCUCGGACCCGCUGGACAGGCCACAGCUGGUGUCGUGCGCUGAGCUCCAGGACCAGCCGGGGGGCGCUGACCUCUCCCCCCCGGGGGAGGAGGACCCUCUGGUGCACCCCGUGACGCGGUCCUGUUCCCGCUGGCUGGUCCACCCCCAGGGGCCCCCCGCCCUGGACCACCACUCCAUGGGGCUGUGCAGGGAGCUGGAGCCCCUCGCCGACCUGGCCCAGCGGCUGGAGCUGGAGGGGGGGUCCGGCGUGGAGGGCGGGGCCCCCCAGGAGGAAGUCCCGGUCCCCCAGGAGGAAGUCCCGGCCCCCCAGGCGGAGGGCGGGGUCCCCCAGGAGGAGGUCCAGGCCCCCCAGGCGGAGGGCGGGGUCCCCCAGGCGGAGGGCGGGGCCCCCCAGGCGGAGGGCGGGGCCCCCCAGGCGGGGGCCCCAGACCCCCGGCGGCCCCUGCGGUUCGACAACGCGGCGUACUACUACCUGUACAACCGCCUGGUGGACUUCCUGCGCAGCCGGGCGGUGGUCAGCGGGCAGAUCGGCGGCGUGCUGGCGGCGUGCCAGCCCGGCGAGGUGGUCAUCAGGGACGCGCUGUACCGGCUGGGCGUGGCCCAGAUCAACACGGAGCAGGAGGCGGGGCUGGAGGCGGGGCCGGAGGCGGGGCAGCAGGACGCCGUCUAUGAGGUGCUGCUGCAGUGA